UUUCCUUUCCUUUCCUUCCGACGCCUUACAUUCUAAAUACAAAAUACAAAGCCAAACGGUGUCCAAUUCCAAUCCCCCAACUCAGAGAGAGACGGAGGGACAAAGAUUAUCCGCAAUCAACUUUGAAUCUCUGCAGAGCAGUGUGUUGAUUUGAUAAAGAUCAUCGUCUCCAAUGGCGCUGAAGUUUCUUAACAAGAAGGGAUGGCACACGGGUUCUCUUCGGAACAUAGAGAACGUGUGGAAGGCGGAGCAGAAGCAUGACGCUGAACAGAAGAAGUUGGAAGAGCUCCGCAAGCAGAUCCACGAGGAGAGAGAGCGAUCCGAGUUCCGUCUACUCCAAGAACAAGCUGGCCUUGUCCCCAAGCAAGAGAGGUUGGAUUUUCUGUAUGAUUCUGGAUUAGCUGUGGGAAAGGGCAGUUCUGAAGGAUUCAAGGCACUUGAACCCAAAACUCAAACGGACACACCCUCCUCUUCUUCUGCCAAGCCGCAGCAGCCAGGAGCUUUAUUUGAGGAGAAGCCUCAAUCGGCUAAUGAUGCGUGGAGGAAACUCCAUUCAGAUCCUUUGCUUUUGAUUCGGCAGCGAGAACAAGAAGCUCUGGCUCGUAUAAAGAACAACCCAGUUCAAAUGGCCAGGAUUCGCAAAACUGUUAAAGGAAAGGAGGACAAGGAGAAGAGUCCUGAUAGAAAAGAACGCCACAAGAAGCACCAGCAUAAGAAGUCGAAGCAUCAUAAGAAUUCGUCGUCCAAGCACCACUAUGAUUCCGAAGAUGUUGAUGAAGAAGAAGAAGAAGAAGAAGAAGAAGAAAGAAGAACCUCUAAUAAAGGCAAAAGCUCAAAAUAUGAUGACCAUGUAAAGAAAGCAGCUCCAAGUUCAGAAGAAUUACAUGAAAGGGAUAUUCGAGGAAAGAAGAAUUCUGACAAGGACUUGAAGUACAAAGAGCCACUACCUAAUGAUUCUAGACAAAGUGAAGAUAAAUAUGGAACCAAGAGGAUUUAUGACAAGUCAAGACAUGAGGAAUAUUAUUCAGAAGGCCGGAAGGAUUCUGAAUCUGCUAGAAAGGGAAGGGAGGACAGAAGUUUUUCUCAUGCAAGCCGUUACAAGUCUCCUGAUGUGGCACCACAGGAUGAAUCACACCAGAAGCGUCGGAAUAUACCCCCUAAACUUUCUGAUGAAGAGAGAGCUUUGAGGUUACGAGAGAUGCAAAUGGAUGCUGAGCUGCAUGAGGAACAAAGAUGGAAACGACUAAAGAAGGCUGAGGAAGAUGAUGCGCAGGAGGCUAGCCGAGCACGCGUGUCUAGUGGCAGAAAUUUCUUGGAUGCUGCUCAUAAAAGCGUGUACGGUGCUGAGAAAGGGGGAAGCUCCACAAUAGAGGAAAGCGUCCGUCGUCGGAAAUUUUAUUCGCAGGGCAGGUCAGGAGCGGGCGACAACAAUGCUUUCCGGCGAUAAGACAGUUGAACUUUGACUCCACAAUAGAGGUCAUGUGCCAAGCUCGAACUUGGCUGGCAUUGUGCUUCAAGGACAAACUGCUCAACGUCAAGCCAGCUAAGUCGAACGGUAACUCCUCAUUGUUGUAAUGAAAAAUAAUUUAGCUUGUAUUUGGUUCGUUUGCUAGAAAAUUGUUGGAUAAAACUUGCUAGAAAACAUUCGCUGCAUGAAAUAGCCUUCAACUCUAGUGGUUUGUGAAAUGACUUUUCUCCAAAUUUUCAAGGGACAAGAUAAUUGAGUUGUGUUC